GGUUAUGGUUGCGCUCUAGAGCGAAGGCAAUGAGGAUGGGGACGAGAGUGAGAGUGCUUCUCCCAAUGCGGAUCAAGUAUUCGCCGCUGGUUUUCUCUUUUUUCUUUGCUUGGCGGAUGUUUUGUUUGCAUACUGUUUUCUGUGUGUGUGUAGUUUACCUUCUUUUUUUUCUUUCCUUUUGCACACUCCCCCGAUCUUUUAUCUUUUUUGGUUUUGUGUCCCACCUUAUUUUCUUUUUCCUUGCCCUUUUACCCCACGCUCUUUUAUUCUUCCUCUCUCAUUCCCACUCUCUCUUUUACACAUCACCCGCUCCUCGGCAUUCCUCCAUUCCCUCUUUCUUACUUCCCUCCCCCCCUCCCCCUCCCCUCCAAGGCACCCCCCUCCUCCUCCUCUUCCCUCUGCCGCAGUCAUUGCCUUUACUUAAACAGCUCUCUGCUUCAAGGAACACCGGCCAUGACACGCUCCAACGGCCAGUCCUCCCGCACUAGCCCUCGGUAUUCUCCUGUCCAUGUGGAUAGCUCCGAGAGCGAAGAUGACACCACCACCAACGAGCGCACGCCCUUUGUCAAGCGCGGCCGAGCAUACCAGCAGCCCGAUGACGACGAGGAGUUGUCAAUGACUCCGGGCGCGGAUAUCUGGUCGACCUUCAAGACCAGACUGCGAUACUACGUCCCUGUCUUCCGCUGGCUCCCCCAUUAUUCCAUAGACAGCCUCGGCCACGAUUUCAUCGCCGGUCUGACCGUAGCCUGCUUGAUCAUUCCCCAGAGUUUGUCAUAUGCGACCGCGCUAGCCCGCCUGGAACCAGUCCACGGCUUGUACUCGGCCUUUGUCCCGGGAGUCAUCUACGCCAUCUUUGGUACCUCACGUCAGCUGUCUGUCGGGCCUGAGGCGCUCGUGUCUAUGCUGGUCGGAACUGCAAUCGCACAGCAGCAACAUGCCAGUGGAAGCACGGAUCCCAAGACAGCAUUGGCGAUCGGAUGUUUCAUUACGCUGUUUGUCGGACUUUUCACCUUCUUUUUGGGCUUUGUGCGACUUGGGUUCUUGGACUCUGUCCUGUCCAGGGCAUUGCUGCGAGGCUUCAUCACUGCGGUUGCCGUUGUUGUCAUCAUCGAGCAGUCGAUCACCCUCUUUGGACUCAAGGCGCUUGCAGAGGAAUUCGGCAUUGGAGAGCAAUCCUCAACGGUCGAGAAGUUGGUGUUCAUUGUCGAGCAUUUCAGCAAAAUCCACCCCUUGACUACCAUCGUGUCCUUCUCCAGCAUCGUCUUCCUGCUUUCGUUUGGGUCGAUCAAGAAGCGCCUCAACAAGGUGCCAGUUCUGCAGUUCAUUCCCGAGAUCCUGCUCUGUGUGAUCCUCUACACCGUCCUUACCGCCAUCUUCCGCUGGGACAAGGACGGACUUGCUAUCCUGGGCGCCACCAAGGCAGCGCGCAUCCAACUCCCAUCCAUUCCAGCUGCACCAGAGGGCGUCAAUGUGCGUGCCCUCUUCGGCACAUCGGUGCUGAUCUCCAUCAUUGGAUUCGUCGAGUCGAUCGUGAUCACGAAGCAGUAUGCAACCAAGCACAACUACUCUGUCAGUCCCAACCGUGAGCUCGUCGCUAUGGGUGUCGCCAAUGUCGCUGGCGGUCUCUUCCAAGCCAUCCCCGCUUUCGGAUCGCUCUCUCGUAGCAAGAUCAACGACAAGGCCGGUGCGCGUACUCAGCUCGCUGGAUUCAUCACUGCGCUCAUUGUCCUUUUGGCCAUCUUCUUCCUUCUGCCGUACUUUUUCUACCUUCCCAAGGCGGUCUUGGCGGGCAUCAUCUGUGUCGCUGCCUUGUCUCUGCUGUCGGAGGCCCCCCAUGACAUCAAGUUCAUGUGGCAGAUCCAGGCAUGGUCUGAUUUGGGAUUGUUGCUCUUGACGUUUAUCGCGACCAUCUCGGUCUCUGUCGAGGCUGGAACUUUGAUUGCCAUUGCUCUGUCGUUCCUGUUGGUCAUCAAGACCUCGACCUACCCAAGAAUCACCAUCAUGGGCCGUAUGCCUGGCACUAAGGGCAAAUUCCGCCCAAUCAAGGACUACCCGGGCAUUGCAGAACACAUUGACGGCGUUCUUAUUAUCAAAGUUGAGGAAGGGCUGUACUUUGCCAACACGGGUCAGCUCAAGGACAGACUGCAUCGUUUGGAGGUCUUUGGCGACAUGAGCGUCCAUCCAUCAGAAGAGGCCCGUCUCAACCCCGUUUCGCAUGUUAUUUUCGAUGUUGAGAACAUGCCCUAUUUGGAUGCCAGUGCUGCUCAAAUCCUGCUCGAGAUCGUGGAGGCGUACCAUGCUCGCCACAUCAAGGUGUACUUUGUCAAGUUGCGAGAAAACUCACGGGAACUGUUCAUCAACAGCGAGCUCCUGGACCGUGCGGGUGGUGAGGCCCAUCUGUUCGGAAGGACGGCGGAUGCGAUGGAAUAUAUCGAGCAUGAGACCCUGGCGUUGAAUGAGAAUGAGCGCCAGGUGUAGGCAACCCGGCCCCAGAGAGGUGUUUCUUAUUUCUUAUUAUAGAUCUACCUAUCAUUCAUCAAUCAUUCGUUUCUUUUACAUAACAACCAUACCUCAUCUUUUUCUUUGUUUUCAACAGAACCUAUUGUAUACACCAGAUGCGUAGAAACAAAGCAUGAUCUCUAUUAGAUAAAAAAAGCCUACAAAGGUACUAUAUCUUAGAGGA